UAAAUCUCUAAUCCCCCCCCCCCCUAAAAAUCAACAAAAAGAACUCAUCAACUGCAGCUCUAACACCCAUCAUCUACAUGGCCAUGGCAACUCAAGCAGGUCUCUUCACCCCCACAAUCACCACCCCAAAAUCUUUGGCCCCAUGGAAACCAGCCUCAUCAUUUUCCUUUGCUACCUCUUCCAAGUCCCUCAACUUCUCCAUGGCUCAAAGAACCAUUAGAGCUGCAGCUGCUGAUGAGGAAGCAUCAUCUGCUGCUGCCACAAAGGAAGCUCCGGUCGGUUUCACCCCUCCGGAAUUGGACCCCAACACCCCAUCACCCAUCUUCGGAGGAAGCACUGGAGGACUGCUUAGAAAGGCUCAAGUCGAAGAAUUCUACGUCAUCACAUGGGAUUCACCCAAAGAACAAGUCUUUGAGAUGCCGACUGGUGGGGCGGCCAUCAUGAGGCAAGGACCUAACUUGCUCAAGUUGGCGAGGAAAGAGCAGUGUUUGGCUCUGGGUACUAGGCUGAGGUCUAAGUACAAGAUCAAGUACCAAUUUUACAGGGUUUUCCCUAAUGGUGAGGUUCAAUACCUUCACCCCAAAGAUGGGGUUUACCCUGAGAAAGUGAACCCAGGUCGUCAAGGAGUGGGCCAGAAUUUCAGGUCUAUUGGGAAGAAUGUCAGUCCAAUUGAAGUUAAAUUCACUGGGAAACAAGUUUAUGAUUUGUAAGAUGGAAGAUGAAAUGACGUAACCAUGAUUUUAUAUGAUUAUAUCUACUUUUCUCCCUCCUGUACUUUUUAUACUGCAUUUAUGUAAACCGUUCAUCAACUUUUUAGGUAACAAGUGAAUUACGUAAGA